AUGAGAAGAUUCAAUGAAUUGGUAUAGAAAAGAGAAAUUGCAUUGAAUGCUGAAGAAGCAGCUAAAGUUGCUAGGUCAUUAGAUACAAAAGGAAGAUUGAUACUUAAAUCUUAAAAACUUGCAGAAAGAAGAGGAAAAGGCAUUUAUAAAAUCAAUAAUUAAUUAAGGGACUUUAUCAAGUAGAUUAAAAGGAGGAGUAAAAAUAUUUAAGACUCCAGAAGAAAUAUCUAAUUAUACAAAACAAAUGAUUGGAUAUAAAUUUGUUAUUCAUUAUACACCAAAAGAAGUAUUUAUUUGUAAAAGCAAUACUUGUACAUGAAGGUGUUGAUAUAAUAAGUCAAUUAUAUUUAUGAUUUAUUUGGAUAGUAAUUCCUAAAAAUCAGCUAUUGUUGCUUCUAUAAUUGA